AUGGUCACGACUCGUGCUCAGGCCAAGGCUGAAAGUGCAAAUGGCGAGAACACAGAUUCACGGCCCAGGUAUUAUGAGAGUGAUGAUGACGCUGGUUUCGAGUCGGAGGAAGAAGAUGGCGACGAUGCUGAUGAAGAUGAGAUGAUGCUUGUCCAAAUGCCAGACUCGGCAGAAGUCUCUGACCAGAAUGCUACAUUACCAAGUCCAUGGUUAUCAGUUGACACUCGCCAUUUUCUUUCUUCCUCUUCUUCUCCUUCUCCCUCUCUUUCUACCCCUUCUUCUUUUUCGGACCAAUCAGUCGAGCAACCGGACGACGCCCAUACAACAGCAAUUCACGGAGUCAUCACACGGCGAUACCGGCCGCCUAACCAGCCAACCUUCUUUGAACAACAGCAUGAGUUUGUACCGCCUUCCUACAGGGAACUUUUACAACUCGAGUUCUAUCAGACGUUCCCUCACGAUCCCGCGGCUACGCUUUGCAAGAAGCAUUUCUUGCAGCUUGCCGAACGGUGGUUUCAGCGUCGGCAGGGACAAACAGAGCAGACGUUUCAUAACAUCAAGCAGAAAUUUCCGUAUGGUGGAGUGGAGAAGUUCUUCGAUUAUAUGCGUGAUCGAGAUAUUUUGAAGCAGGUCAUAUGGAAUGAGAAAUGGCGACAGACGCCACCUAAGGAAUUCAUGGAGACUUUGAGGCUUGGGUUGCGUUAUGCUGAAAUUGAACAAGCUCGGGAGCGUCGCAAGGCUAUUGUUGGGACGGGGAAGCGUCCGAGAUGUAGUUUGGAGAGUUGCGGCAAGUUGAGUUGUGGGUACUGUCUUGCAAGGAAGAAUCGAGGGGGUGAUUUGUAUGAGUUGGUGAGAGAAGCGAGAGUAAAAGAGCCUCAUGGGGAGUGGUGGGAAGAAGAUCUCGCUGCGUUUGAGGAGCAUAGGAGGAAGGGGUUGGAAGAGGAGGGUGAGAGGGCUGAUGUACAGCCUGAGUAUACGGCUACUAGGAUGACAGCUACCGAGACCAAAACUCACAAUGAAUACACGGUAGGCUGGGUUUGUGCCCUGCCAAAGGAACAAACCGCUGCGACGGCCAUGCUGGAUCAGCGACAUGGCGACCUACCGAAACCAGCAAAUGAUAGCAAUACGUAUACUCUUGGGUCAAUAGGCAAGCAUAAUGUUGUUAUUGCGUGUCUCCCAAAGGGCCAUAUUGGCAAUAAUCCGGCGGCAACAGUCGCCGCUCAAAUGGUCUCCACGUUUCCGUCUGUCCGGCUUGGUUUGAUGGUUGGCAUCGGCGGCGGUAUCCCGCCCAAGGUCAGACUUGGCGAUGUUGUCGUCAGCACUCCAGUCGGAAGCUUUCCCGGAGUGGUUCAGUGGGAUCUUGGCAAGGCAAAGGAUGGUGGCUUUGAACGGACGGGAUCGCUGAACAAUCCUCCGGUCUCCCUUCUCACUGCCCUGGCGAAAUUGGAAACAGAGCAUGAAUUGGUUGGAUCUCAGAUCCCAGAAUAUCUGGAUCAGAUGAGACAGAAGUGGCCGAGAUUGGCAGCAAAAUAUCUCAGAUCCGACUCGUUGGAGGAUAUUUUAUUCAAGGCAGACUACAGCCAUGUUUGUCAGAGCGCCACAGAGGAUCAAGUCUCUUCUGGCAGUAGUUAUGAAAGCGAAGAAGAAGAGAGCUGUCAGCACUGCGAUAAGACCAAGAUUAUAAAGAGGAAGCCUCGAGAUAUGCGUGUCCAUUAUGGCCUAAUCGCCUCAGGUAACCAAGUCAUCAAGAGCGCCACCUGCAGAGAUCAGCUCAACAAAGACCUUGGUGGAAAUCUUCUCUGUGUGGAAAUGGAGGCAGCAGGGCUAAUGAACAACUUCCCUUGUAUUGUUGUCCGUGGAAUCUGUGACUAUGCAGAUUCGCAUAAGAAUAAGGAUUGGCAGGAAUACGCUGCAGCUGUAGCGGCGGCAUUUGCAAAAGAGCUUCUAGCCUACGUGAGCCCCAGCGACGUUGAUGGAGAGCGCACUGUAAAAGACAUGCUGAGUGAUGUUCUUGCUGAAGUAUCCUCGACAAAAGUGAUUGUUUCAAACCUCAAGUCCAACUUGGAUAAUGACAUAGACCUUCGAAUCUUGGAAUGGGUCACUCCAAUUGAUUAUGGCCCUCAACAGAGCGAUUUCCUCAGGAGGCGGGAACCAGGAACUGGUCAAUGGCUCAUAGACUCAAGAGAGUAUCAAGCUUGGCUAGGGGCUAGGAAGCAGACACUUUUCUGCCCUGGAAUUCCAGGAGCUGGAAAGACUAUUCUCACUUCAAUCGUGGUCGACCAUCUUGAAAGGACAUAUGGAGCCGAUCCAACAAUUCGUAUUGCCUACAUUUACUGCAACUACCGGCGCCAAGAAGAACAAAGUAUCGAGAAAUUACUCGGAAGCCUACUGAAACAAUUGAGUCAAGGAGAGAAUUGUAUCUCAAACUGCCUAAGGGACUUUUAUAAACAUCAUAUAGAGAAGCGGACGCAAUUAUCGCUUCUUGAGAUUCAGACGGCUCUUCAGUCAGCGGCGGAAAAUUAUUCGACUGUCUUCAUCGUGAUUGACGCACUUGACGAAUGCCAGAAUUCGGAUGGCAGUCGGCAAAAGUUUUUAACAGAGCUCUUUAGCCUCCAGGAGAAGUCUGGAUGCAAUCUCUUUAUGACGUCGAGGGUCAUUCCAGAGAUCGUCGACCGUUUUAAUAAAACCAGCAUAUCGCUAGAGAUUCGUGCAAGCACCGAAGAUAUAGAGAGAUACUUGAAAGGCAAUACUGGCCAACUACCAGCAUUUGUGCAACAGAGUCAAGGGCUACAGCAGAUUAUUGCAGCGGAGAUUUCGAAAGCCGUUGAUGGAAUGUUUCUCUUAGCGCAAAUCUAUUUGAACUCACUCAACGACAAGAUGACACCAAAAGCUAUGAAGAAUGCAUUAAGCAGCUUCCACAAGCCAAUUUCAGGAUUGGACGAAGCUGAAAAGACCAGUGUCCUAGCCCAUGCAUACGAGCAAGCGAUGUUGCGAAUUAACGGGCAACAGUCAGGGUUCAAAGAACUUGCUCAUAAAGUUCUGUUAUGGAUUGUUUGUGCAGAACGGCAACUCAAAACAACCGAGCUUCAGCAUGCGCUUGCUGUUGAAAUCGAUGAGUUAGAGAUUGACAAGGAGAAUAUCCCAUCGAUUCAGGACAUGGUCUCUGUGUGCGCUGGGUUAGUCACUGUUGACCAUGAAAGCAGCAUCAUCAGAUUGGUUCAUUACACAACACAGGAAUACUUUAGCCAAACACGCAAACGCUGGUUUCCUGAUUCAGAUAUGAUUAUGACAGAUAUCUGUGCCUCGUACCUCCUAUUUAAAGCUUUCGAAAACGGGGUUUGCCUACCAAAACCCUUUUGGGAGCGGUUAAAACUAUAUCCGCUUUACAGAUAUGCCGCUGAAAAUUGGGGGCACCAUGCGCGGAAGGCCUCCAAGCCAAGUCACAGGGUCAUGGAGUUUUUAGAAUGCGAGACGAAAAUGAAUGCUUCAAUCCAGGCGCUCCAGGCUAAUGCUUCCCGCUUAGAAAAUUGGUAUUCAGGGAAACCAAAUCCUGCAUUUGGAAUGACAAGCCUUCACUUGGGCGCCUACUUUGGUAUUGAGGAAACAGUUAAAACCCUUCUUAAGAAACCAAUUGACGUCAAUAAGGAAGACGAAGACGGAUCAACGCCACUAUCAUGGUCAGCAGCACGAAAUGGGCACGAAGCCGUCGUCAGGCUAUUGCUUGUAAUGCCUAGCAUUGACAUUGACUCGAGGGAUGACCUGGAUGAUACACCAUUACUCAGGGCAGCAUCUAACGGGCAUGACGCUGUGGUUGAAUUAUUACUCUCUGCCGGGGUGGAUCCAAAUCUCCGCAAUGGGAACCAGACGCCGCUGUCUAAGGCGGCGGAAGGGGGGCACGAAGCCGUUGUUAAGCUACUGCUUGCAAUGCCUAACAUUGACAUUAACUCGAGCAAAGUCUUAUACGGAGCAGUAGAUGGAGGACAUGCCGCUGUUGUUAAGCUAUUGCUCGCAGCCGGAGCAAAUCCAGAUCUCGGGAAGACACAGUACACGACACCACUGAGGUGUGCAGCAAAGAACGGGGAUGUAUCUAUCACCGAAAUGCUGCUUGCAGCUGGAGCAGACCCGAAUCUCAACCGGGGUCAACCUGGCGUAACGCCGCUAUUGAGUGCGGCAGAUCGAGGGCAUGACGCUGUUGUAAAGCUACUGCUCGCCGCUGGAGCAAACCCGAAUCCUAACCCUGAUGAUGCAUUUACGAGGUCAGCACUGCGUUCAGCAGCAAUUGAGGGGCAUGAGGCGGUUGUGGAAUUAUUGCUCGCAGCUGCUGGAGCGGACCCAGAUCUCGAUGCCAGGGAUAAGCGUGGUCAAACACCGCUACAUAUAGCCGCACGCAAAGAGCUUGGCGAGGUUAUGGAACUCUUACUCACAACUGGAGUGAACCCAGAUCUCAGGGAUAAAUACGGCACAACACCACUAUCUAUAGCCGCAUACAAUGGGUAUAAAGAGGUUGUGGGACUAUUAUUCGCAGCUGGUGCAGAUCCGAAUCUUAGGGCUGCCAAGGUCGACUUGGCGGAUAAGGGUGUCAUGACAAGGCUAUCAGCAAUUGUUGAAUCUGAGCCAAAGCGGUGA